AUGGAUGUCGCAAUGAAAUCAUGGGAGCUCGACAACAACGUCAAGUUGGUCGAUCCCACCCGCGAUGCCCUCUACAACUACGACUCAGAGGCCCAGCGAGCCAUCAACCAAAAGAAGCCAUGGAAUUCCGAUCCCAACUACUUCACGACCGUCCGCAUCAGCGCCGUUGCCCUUAUCAAGAUGGUCAUGCACGCCCGUUCCGGCGGCUCCCUCGAGGUCAUGGGCCUGAUGCAGGGCUACAUUGACGGCACCUCGCUCGUUAUCACCGACGCCUUCCGCCUGCCUGUCGAGGGCACAGAGACGCGAGUCAACGCGCAGGACGAGGCGAACGAGUACCUCGUGGAAUAUCUGCGCCUAGCCAGAGAGCAGGGCCGUCUCGAGAACGUCGUUGGCUGGUACCACUCCCAUCCCGGCUACGGCUGCUGGCUGUCUGGCAUCGACGUCAGCACGCAAUUUCUCCAGCAGCAGUUUAACGACCCCUUCGUCGCCGUUGUCGUCGACCCGGACCGUACGAUUAGCGCCGGCAAGGUCGAGAUCGGCGCCUUCCGAACUUAUCCCGAGAACUACAAACCCGCCACAGCCGAGAGCAGGGGAGACAGCACCAGCGAUGGCUACCAGACAGUGCCUCUCAACAAAGCUGAAGACUUUGGUGCGCACGCGAGCCGGUACUACAGCCUCGAGAUCGAGCAUUUCAAGAGCACCCUUGAUGCCCAUCUGCUCGAGCUUUUGUGGAACAAGUACUGGGUGCAGACACUGUCUCAAAGCCCACUCUUCACGAACCGAGACUAUGGAAACAAGCAGAUGCUUGAUCUUGCAUCCAAGAUCAAGGAGGUCACCACUUACGUGCAGAAGUUAGGUCGAAGCGGUGGGCAGAGCGGUAAUGGCGGGGCUGCCUAUGCCUGGGGUGGAAAUGCUGGCAAGUCACUCGACCAGGAUGUAGACAAGGUUGCGCGGGAUAGCAAACAGAUUGCCGCCAGAGAGACGGCUGGCUUGAUGGCAGGGGAGGUUAAGGCCAAGAUAUUCACGGGUCUGGGCCCCAAAGUCGCCUGA